AUGCAGAAGAUCUUUCAAACAGAGGAAACCACUGAUUCCCAAGCUCUCAGAAAAGGAAAGAGGAAAAGGAUGGAGCCGAUGGAGUCAGAGAAUGUGAACAGUGACCCAGACAAAGCCCAGAGAGACCCAUAUUCGGGAAAUGCCUUUCUGCCUGGUGAAAGCUCCAGUGAGGAUGAAGAGCCUCUAGCAGAACUGUCAAAGGAGGAAUUGUGCACAAAAAUAAAAAGGCUGAAACAAAAACUAACAAACAUCCGGAAAGAAAACAGCCGCCUUCGACAGUCUUUGGUCAUGCUGCAAGUGUUACCGCAGGCCGUCACUCAGUUUGAAGAACUGGUCGGUAUGGCAGAGGCAGUGCUCAAGGGUGGAGGAACCCUGUCCACAUCCGCAUCCACCCUCUGGAGAGCAGCGAAUAACUCCUCACCAGAUUCUUUUGCUUCUACGUGCAGUAAUUCUAACUCUGAUUCUGGUUCACCCAUCUCCGUGAAAGCUGAGGAAGACCAUCAGACGGAUGAGAAACAGUUCAAGAUUGAAAAAUGGCAGAUUGCACGUUGCAACAAGAGCAAGCCUCAGAAGUUCAUUAAUGAUUUAAUGCAAGUGCUUUACACAAAUGAAUACAUGGCCACACACAGCCUGACGGGGGCAAAAUCCUCUACUUCAAGGGACAAGGCCGUGAAACCAGCUAUGAAUCAGAAUGAAGUUCAAGAAAUUAUAGGAAUCACAAAGCAAUUAUUUCCCAACACAGACGACGUGUCAAUCAGGAGAAUGAUAGGGCAAAAGCUAAACAACUGUACCAAGAAGCCAAAUUUAAGCAAACCUCUGAACUCUCAGGAUAUUAAGUAG